UCAUCCCAUCAUCAUCUGUUCUUCCUGUCAUCCACCCCCUCACUGUCAUUCUCUCAUCGCAAUCCUCCGGACCUACUGCACAUCAAAGCGCGGCCUGUCAACUUUUUAUUGCCUUCCUUUAUUUACUACUACCUUCUCCACCAACCAUCAUCCCAACUCUCUCUCCACCAUUCCUUAUCUUCUCUUACGUCAAUCAUCCCUUGUCAUCAUUAUCACCUGUCUCAGCGCAAGAUGUUACUCCCAUCGGCGCUUCCCAACGACAUGCGACACCCGCAGACCCAGUCGCACGUCGCUCCCAGUCAACUCUUCACCACUCCUCCUCCAUCAGACGACGACUUCUUUCCAUCAGGCAAUGGUCUUCUGGGAACAUGUCGCGCUCUCCAAACCCUCCUGAACGGAUCUCCUGCAUCAGCGCCCCGCCGCACAACUCCCCGACGUCUCCAAAGUCCCCUCCAGCUCCGAUCCCCGCCGCCCACCCGGUCGCGCAAGCGGGUGUCUCAGAAAGACUUCGAUCUCAGACAAACCUCUCCAUCACCCAUCGUCACUCCUUCCAGACCUCCGCGCGGCGCAAACAAACGUUGUCGCGAUACCUUCGAGAUAGAAUCCGAAGUCAACACCGAUGAAUACAAACCCAAUCACUCCGGCGACGCCGAAUCGCGCCCCCGCUACUCGACUCCCAAGCGUCGCAGAAACAUUCCCAAUGAUCUACCACUGGGUCUUUCCCAUUCAGACUUCUACGCUCUUUUCUCUCCCCCGAUCACACAAUCGCCUCCGUCGCCGGCGCGUCGACCACACUGGGGUCUGACCGAAGACUUGGAGACUCCAUACAACCCCGAUGCGGCGCUGCCGUCCAUCGAAACAACCGAUGAGUUCAAGGAUACCACGCCAGAUGAACCAUCACCGACCGACCCCUCCACAUCCUGGACCGCCGAGGAUGACGAGAGUCUCGUGGGCAUCGUCCUCUCGAAGUUUCAGCUCUCCAAACAAGACUUGGAUGACUGCGCCAAGAAACUGGGCAGAGAUCACGAGUCCAUUGGACAGAGAUGGCAAGCUCUCCUGGGUCAGGGAGAUGUCUGCCUGCGACGAACAGUCAAAAGACGACUUGACGAGAGUUGAACACAACCUCAACCUCUACCAUCUCCCCUUCCACUUAUCUCCAUUACCUUUUUAUCUCCUCUUCCAUCAUCAUCCUACAUGUCUCAAGACCAACAUGACAGACCACCCAUGUAC